GCUACAUGAUUACAUGGCUGAUCUUGCAAGCAAGUAUAAGACUUACCGAAUAAUCACCCCUUUCCGGAACAAAAUCUUCACAUCUGACCCAGCUAACAUCGAGCAUAUACUCAAAACUAAUUUUCAGAAUUAUGGCAAGGGAUGGUACAAUUACUGUAUCUUAAAAGAUUUACUGGGCGAAGGCAUUUUCACGGUUGAUGGCGAAAAGGCUCUAAGGGAUAUUAGCAGCACAGUUUUCAAAGAAAAUGGCAUUAAACUUGCCAACAUUAUUUCUCAAGCUGUGACUUCUAAUCAACCAAUGGAUAUCCAAAACCUUUUCAUGAAAUCAACUAUGGAUUCAAUAUCUAUGAGAUAUGUCGAAAUUACGUGGAAGAUAAAGAAGGCUUUGAACAUUGGUUCGGAGGCAAAAUUGAAGAAGAAUAUCGGGAUUAUUGACAAGUUCGUUUAUAAGCUCAUACAUAGCAAGACGGCAGAAAUGGAACAAGUUCAAGAUGAUCAUUCGGAUUUGAAGAAAAAAGACAUACGUACAAGAUUUCUAAAGUUACUGAGAGCCGAUCCAAACUUCGUAAUUGCCGGUAAAGACACAACAGCAUCAACCCUGUCCUGGUUUUUCUACAUGCUCUGCAAGCAUCCUCUCGUUCAAGAAAAGGCAUCCCGAGAAAUUAAACGAGCAGUGGCCUCACUCAAUUAUGAGCAAACCAAUUUUUUUAUUCUUUUUUCUUUUCAAAACCAAAUC